UGACAACAGCGUCCUGCCAAGUCACGGCAGUACUUGGAGACUUGGCGAGCCGGUCCGAUCGUCCGAUCCGGUCCCAUCCGCAGGGACCCAGGCCGACCAGUGAGGCGUGGUCGUCGCCGUCCCGAACCCCGAACGCGACGCGGCGUGGCUCGUGGCGUUUGGCCGUGUCGCCGUGUCGGUGCAGGAUGGUGUUGAUGGUGCGUGAGAGAGAGAGUGCCCCCGCGAGCAGCCCUUCCGCCCGCACCCGGACUGACAGGACCGCAAGUCCACUCCGACCUCUACGCGGAGGCGACCCCGGCGCCUCGAGGAGCACCGACCACGUCGACCAGGCCCUCACCGUGCCUGGGUCCCCAUGAAGCCCCUGGCCCCCCUGGCGGCACGUGCUCUGUCAGAGUAAAGUCCGCCUAUCGGCGCUGAGAUUGGAAGCGAGACCCACGGCGAGGUCGGGACUCCCCCGCCGACAUGGACACCCGCGAGGACCCCACCAGAGAGGACGCUACCCGCGAGGACGCAGCCCGUGAGGAUCCUGCACGCGAGGCCGACGCGGAACACACCACCACACCGGGUACACCAGGGUCGUCGCCUGUCGCAAGUAAGGAUGCGGGAGGUCCUGCUGUCACCAGUGAGCAUACUGCCCGCGGCUCAGAGCAGGGUGGCGCGCCCCGAACCAGUGAAGACGCCGCGUCCAAACCCGAUGGCGACAGGGACAACACGUCGGAGGCAAAUGAGGGUGCCCGAACGACAACGGACAGUCCUGCACUUGAAGCAGAAAGCGACAGCGCCACAAACGGCGAGGUGUUGCCGGCAGAGGCACGCCCUGCUGCGCCUACUGCGCCUGCCGCGCCUGCCGAGGAAGCAGAACCACAGGCCUCUGUGAACCUGACUCCGGCCGGAGAGGCCCAGAGGAGAGCCUUGCAGGUCCUGGACGAAGUCCUGCAGACGGCCAUGCACAAGGUCGAGGACUACCUGGACGAUGAGAAAGACGAGGGCCUGGACGAGGACCUGGGUGAAGGCCAGGGCGGUCACCUGGACCAGGCACUGGACGAGGCCCUCGACAGGAUCCUGGACGGCCAGACUAGUCUCUCUCCGCCCGGCCCAGGGGGUUCUGCGGAGGCAACUGCGGGCGAGUGCGAGGACGAGGACGAGGACGAAGAGGAGCUGGUUGGCCUGGCGGCUCUGGCGCGUGCCUGCGCUCGCUCGCAAAAGCUGAAGGUUCCGUGCGGCCUGCACGGUUAUUGCCCCCCACCACUGGUCCGCUCCGUGGAGACGGGGGAGUGCGAGAUGCCUCGUUCUCGUGCGGCUCGUGUGGCGGAAGCUGAAACCGCUGAAGCGACCGAGGAAAGCACUGCCGGCGCCGCGCACCUGGGUGCAGCACCCGAAGAACCCGAAGACGCCGAGGAAGCCGAAGUUCCCCCCAGCGACGCCGCAGCCGCCGCAGAUGACAAGGACCGCGUCGACCGCUGUCCGCGGCCCAAGUUCAAAGUGUGCGUGCCGCCCGAGGACGACGGCGACCUCCUCACCGCCAUCGCCGAGUUCGCCGUGGUCCUGGACGAGGUGAAGCUCGUCCCGGAACCGAGCGCGCUUGACGCCUACGCCCCCGAGAAGCGGCCCAGCCCGGCCAUCACGGUCACCCCCGUCAUGACCGCCAAGGACUCAGAGACGAGAAAUGGCAAACCGGACGGCGUCCCGGGGUUCGUGUCUCUGGAGGAGGCCGUGCGACUCACAGGGCAGGGGUGGUUCCACGUGAAGCUGCUGCUGGUGUGCGGAUGCCUGGUGAUGGCGGCCGUGCUGGAGACGGUGGUGGUGGGCUACCUGCUGCCGUCGGCCACCCUGGACCUGGGCAUGUCGGACAGCGACAAGGGCCUGCUGGGCGCGGCCAGCUACGCCGGCAUCGUGCUGUCGUCGCACACCUGGGGGCUGGUGGCCGACACGCAGGGCCGCAAGAAGGCGCUGCUCGUCGCCACCGUCCUCGACGUCGUGGCCUCGCUCGCCUCCUCCAUCGCCCCCAACUUCGAGACCCUGCUCACGCUCAGGUUCUUCUGCGGCCUGUUCACGAGUGCACCCGCAGCCCUCACCUUCGCCUACCUGGGCGAGUUCCACACGCCGGCCUCCCGGAGCCGCUCCAUCAUCUGGAUCGGGGCCUUCCCGUCGCUCGGCCUCAUCGUCCUGCCCGGUGUGGCGUGGGCGGUGCUGCCGCAGUGCUGGGCCGUUGACCUGGGCUUCGUGCAGUUCGGCCCCUGGCGGCUGCUACUCGUACUCUGCGCGCUGCUCAGCCUCAUGUCCGCCCUGCUCCUGUUCGUGGCCCUGCCCGAGAGCCCCAAGUUCCUGGCCAGCCGCAGCCAUAGCGAGGCCCUGGACGUCCUGCGGCAGAUGUACGCCCUCAACACGCGCAACCCCGCCAGCCACUACCCGGUCGUCGCCCUGCUGGACCGCCCCGCCGCCAGCCCCAGCCCCUCGGUGGCCACGGUGGAGGCCGCGACCGCCAACGCGACCGCCAACGGCAAGGGCGACAUGGCGAGCAAGGCGUCGACGUCGACGUCCUCGCUGGGCCUGGGCCGCACCCUGCGCCUCGUGUGGGAGCAGACCGCGCCACUGUUCAAGCCGCCCUUCCUGCUGCACACCAUGCUCGUCUGCAUCGUGCAGUUCGGCAACCUGGCCAGUGCCAACGGCCUGCAGAUCUGGCUGCCGGAAAUCUUCAACAAGCUGGCUCAGUACGAGGCGGCCAAUCCCUACGAGCCGGGCUGCAUCUGCACCGCGUUGAACUUCAGCGAGGACAGCGGCGCCCCGAGCGGCGCCCCGAGCAGCGUGGCCCGCGAGAACCCCUGGCUGCGCGCCUGGUCCAUGACCCCCGAGCACGGCGCCGACUUCGUGGACGUCGGCCUGGACGCGCGCGGCCCCGUGUGCGCGCCCGUGUCCCAGGCCAUGUUCACCAACAACAUGAUCAUCGGCGCCGUGUCCCUGGCCAUGCCGCUGCUGUGCGGCCUCGUCGUCAACAGUGUCGGCAAGAGGAACCUCCUGGUGGUGUGCCUCGUGGUGUCCGGGACUUUCGGCCUGCUGCUCAGCUUCGUCGCCACCUCCGAGGUGAUCCUGGGCCUGGCCAGCAUCAGCGUCGCCAUCAACUCCAUGGGCAUCGGCCACAUCUCCAGCAUCGUCGUGGAGCUGUUCCCGACGCACCUCAGGGCCAUGGCGGUCAGCCUGCACCUCAUGUCGGGCCGCACGGGCUCCAUCGUCGGCAACCUCAUCUUCGGCAUGCUGCUGCACACACACUGCAGGGUGGCCUUCUACGCCAUCGGCGGCGCGCUCCUCACUUGCGCGGCCCUGACGUGCUUCCUGCCGGCGAAAGGGAAGUUCGCGUCCUAGAAGGAGCACCUCGAGGAGCACCCUGCCCCCGCUGCGAGGGACAUCAACCGAAUCGGCCAACUCGACUCCGAGUCGCCGGAGUCACGCAAGACGAGGAAGGGACAUUUUAUUUGCACAACGGAAACAACAGGGAGUGUCCUUUGAACUACUUUAUUCGCGAAGCGCUCGCUUUAGACUUAGAUGGCUUUGUACAUGCAUGACCGUAUUUUUUACGAAUUAAUAAUAUAAAGUGAGUGGUAAAGAAAUGACGUGUGACGUCCGUGUCGAUAUGUUUAAUUUAUGCAACGAUGGCGCCAACUGUGAUCGAUUCCGCCGCGUGGUGGAGUUCCUAUUUGUAAAUAAAUAAUAAACUGCGCGAGUUCAUUUCAA